UAUUUAGCACACCGCACACACACCACUUACCUCAGAUUUUCUUUCAGAAGAAGAACGUAAGCUAUUUACAAACUGACAUCUAUUUAAUAUUUAACUUUAGAUUACUAUAGAUUAUUUAAAACAUAAAUUUAAAUCACCAGCACAAGAGAUUAUUUAAAAAGAAAUUUAAGUCACCUGCACAAGAGAUUAUUUAAAAAGAAGAAAAUAAAAGUCCAAAUAACUGCAGAAAUGGAAUCUACAACACUAGCUGCUCUGGCAACCACGGCAACCUUUACAAUUGCCACGGCGACAGACAUGUCCGGCUACAUGUGGCUGCUGAUUCUUGGCUUCGUCAUUGCCUUCAUCCUGGCAUUCUCGGUGGGUGCCAACGACGUGGCCAACUCCUUCGGCACCGCAGUGGGAUCAGGGGUGGUGACCCUUCGGCAGGCCUGUGUGCUGGCCACUAUAUUUGAGACGGUGGGCUCCAUACUCCUUGGGGCAAAGGUCAGCGAGACUAUCCGCAGCGGCAUCAUCGACCCGCGCAUGUACAAUGGCUCAGAGGCCACGCUCAUGGCUGGGUCUAUCAGCGCCAUGUUCGGCUCUGCUGUGUGGCAGCUGGUGGCUUCCUUCCUGAAGCUGCCCAUCUCUGGAACGCAUUGCAUUGUGGGAGCGACCAUCGGCUUCUCCAUGGUGGCCAAGGGUCCCAUGGGUGUAAAGUGGCUGGAGCUGCUCCGCAUUGUUGCCUCCUGGUUUCUGUCCCCCCUGCUGUCUGGCAUCAUGUCUGCUGUGCUCUUCUACUUUGUGCGCAAGUUCAUCUUGAAUAAGGAGGAUCCCGUCCCCAACGGCUUGCGAGCUCUUCCUGUCUUCUAUGGCAUCACCAUGGGAAUCAACCUCUUCUCCAUCAUGUUUACUGGAGCCCCAAUGCUGGGCUUUGACCGAGUGCCCUGGUGGGGGACGAUACUCAUCUCUCUGGGUUUUGCGGUGAUCACCGUUAUCUUCGUCUGGGUGGUGGUGUGCCCGCGCCUCAAGAGGAAGAUCAAACGCGAAAUGGGCGUGAACCCGUGCGAGACCGCUCUGAUGGACACCCCCCCCAAACCCAGCGCAGACAGUGAGCCUGCGACCAUCACGAGUCCUCAGGAGUACACCCCUGUCCCCCAGACCCCCCCCGCCGAGAACGGCAGGGUGGCCUUCAACAUCGGGGGCUCUGACGACGCCGAUCUGGACAGUAAAGAGUUUGACACCAAAGACCUGGAAACCAACGCUCUGAACGGUCACAACGGCGGCCCCAUGCCGGUCCCCGAGCUGACCACCGGUCAGCACCACACAGUUCAUAAGGACUCUGGCCUCUACAAGGACCUGCUGCACAAGCUGCACAUCGCCAAGGUGGGUGACUGCAUGUGGGAGACCACCGACAAACCCAUCCGCCGUAACAACAGCUACACCUCCUACACCAUGGCCAUCUACGGCAUCCACGGAGGCUCAAAAGACGCCGACGGCCGCUCGGACGACGGCAGCAGCAGCGGGAGACGCGUCCGCAUGGACAGCUACAACAGCUACUGCACGGCGGUGGCAGACGGAGGGGCAGAGGGAGACGCAGAGGGGGCGGGGCCUGUGGCGGUGGAGGUGUUGGACGAGGCUAGCAGGGAGGGCCCGCUGGAGGAGGAGGAAGUGGACGAGCUGGAGCUGGAUCGGCCGGAGGUGUUCCACCUCUUCCAGUUCCUGCAGAUCCUCACCGCCUGCUUUGGCUCUUUUGCCCAUGGAGGAAAUGAUGUUAGUAAUGCGAUCGGCCCCCUGGUGGCGCUGUGGCUGGUGUAUGACAGCGGCUCGGUGGUGUCCAAAGCCCCCACUCCCAUCUGGCUGCUCCUCUAUGGGGGAGUGGGCAUCUGCGUCGGACUCUGGAUCUGGGGCCGCAGAGUCAUCCAGACUAUGGGCAAAGACCUCACCCCCAUCACCCCCUCCAGCGGCUUCAGCAUCGAGCUUUCCUCAGCCAUGACCGUCGUCGUAGCGUCCAACAUCGGACUUCCUGUCAGCACCACCCACUGCAAGGUGGGCUCCGUCGUAGCAGUUGGCUGGUUGCGUUCUCGUAAGGCUGUCGACUGGCGUCUGUUCCGGAACAUCUUCAUCGCCUGGUUUGUGACGGUGCCCAUAUCUGGACUCAUCAGUGCAGCUAUAAUGGCACUGUUCACCUACGUCAUCAUCUGAGGCUCCCAUAAUGCAACAGCACCAGUAUACAGUACACCUGCCUAUGGACCUGCUCACCCACGUCAUCAUCUGAAGCACCCAUAAUGCAACAGCACCCACACAGAGAUGCCUAUGGACCUGCUCAUCCACGUCAUCAUCUGAAGCACCCAUAAUGCAACAGCACCCACACAGAGAUGCCUAUGGACCUGCUCACCCACGUCAUCAUCUGAAGUUCCCGCCAGAGGUGGAACUCUGCACCUAAACAGUGCUGCUAUCAUGGCUCUGCAGCAGAAACCAAAUGGUGCGGCCAUCUUGACUGUUCCUCUGAAUCUCCAAUGAUGCUUCAGGACCAAACCCACAGCUCUAUGAUGCUGCAUUCACACAUAGUCAUUCCUUGGCCCUUAUUGGUCCAAUAUCAGUGUACAUGUUUCACAUAGUCAUUCCCUGGCCCUCAUUGGUCCAAUAUCAGUGUACGUGUUUCACAUAGUCAUUCCCUGGCCCUCAUUGGUCCAAUAUCAGUGUACGUGUUUCACAUAGUCAUUCCUUGGCCCUUAUUGGUCCAUUAUCAGUGUAUGUGUUUCACAUAGUCAUUCUCUGGCCCUCAUUGGUUCAUUAUCAGUGUACGUGUUUCACAUAGUCAUUCCUUGGCCCUCAUUGGUCCAUUAUCAGUGUAUGUGUUUUACAUAGUCAUUCUCUGGCCCUCAUUGGUCCAUUAUCAGUGUACGUGUUUCUAUGUUUCAAACAUAGGUGUCCUGUCCAUCUGCAUACGUUUGGUAUCUGCACUGUAAAUAGACAAGUGAGCAGCAGACACCAUAUGAGUCUCUCUAUGUUAAAGGGAUAUUCCACCAUUUGGGGAAAUAUACACUCAUUUUCCACCUCCCCUUGAGUUAAACAAUUGUGUUUUACCUUUCCCCAGUUCAUCCAGCCGUUCUCCGAGUCUAACAGUAACACUUUUA